AUGACUUCGACUCGUACCAUCAUCCUGUGUAUGAUACUUGUGAUUAUUCAAGCUUGUGCACAAGAGAACGGCAAAGUUAUCAAGCAAGUUCAGUUCUCUCGAAAUGUGCCAGCAUGGCGCUCAUCAAUGCGUGUUAGGCAGGUCCAAGGUCACUUCCCUCGCUUAUCGUCAUUCUACGAUGGCGGCUCUCGACCACAGCUCUUCAACUACAACAAGCGAUACCUUGAUUUGUAUGGACAAUACACCGACAAUUUUGAGCGUUGA